AACGUAGGUAGACAAAAACGACUCGACCCUUGAAUCGCAUUUGCAGCUCAAAGGCAAGCAGAGAAAAAAGACUGCACAAAACUAUUACCAUCAACAACUGUCGUAUUGAUACUUUCAUAGAAAUAAAACUAGAAAGUUACCUUACCUUCUCAUGGGCCGACUUCAUACAGUUGCAAUUCAACGCAUCUUCCCGUUGAUUUCUUCGGUGCAAUGGACCUUUCAUCAAUGCGCCCACUGGUUUCUGAUUGGCUGUCGUUGCAGGAGGGAGGAAAAGCCGACGACCGAACCAAUCUCAAGGACAAAGGCACUAUACUGAGCGGAUGGACCAGUAGCGUGUUCGGUAUGGUAGUGACUUCGCCUUUUUACAGUUGUCUGCAAUAAAGCAGAAGAAAUUUGGAAGGAGGUGGGGCAAAAUCAAGCAAUAUAACAACAAAAAUUGCAAAUUUUUGUUAUUUCGCUGCAAAAAGAGCCAACCUACCUUAUCUGCCUUUUGAAUGGCAUCUUUCUUUGAUUGUUGCACACAUGGCAUGCGCGGAAGACGAAUCCAAGGAGUGAGUUAAAAAUAAAAAGGUGUCCAUGCAAUGUGGGAAUUGCUCAAAAGCUGUGAAGAGAGAAGACAGCGGACGACCGUCGCGGGAGGAGGAGCGGGAAGGGAGCGGCUGCGGGUGGGCCGCAGCUGACGGAAAAUGACAAUCAAAAACAUUGAAUGAGAAUCAAACCAAGGCUUAAGUGAUUGAAGAGGAAGUGCAACAAAUACUUAUCAAAAUGGAGGAGGACCAGCAUUUCUGUUUGAAGUGGAAUAACUACCAGUCGAACAUGACUGCUGUGUUCGACCAGCUACGAGAGAAUGAGGCGUUUGUGGACGUGACACUGGCCUGCGAGGGCUCCCAGCUGAAAGCCCACAAGGUGGUGUUGUCCGCGUGCUCGCCGUACUUUCAGUCUCUGCUGCUGAACAACCCGUGUAAGCAUCCGAUCAUCAUCCUCCCGCGGGACGUGCGCUACUCGGACCUGCGGCACGUCAUCGAGUUCGUCUACAAGGGCGAGAUCGACGUGGCGCAGGAGCAGCUGGACAACCUGCUGCAGACCGCCGACCAGCUUCAGAUCAAGGGUCUGUGCGAGGUGAGCGCCGAGCGGGCGGGCGGGGGCGGCGGUGGGGGCGGGGGCGGCGACCAGUCGUCGUCGCCCACCACUCCCUCGUCCCUCUCCACCGAGCGGCGGCUCAACGAGAUCCGACCGUCCCCGCACAAGUUCCUGCGGCGGCCGGCUGGCGGCGCCACCGGCGCGCCGCUGCCGGCCCGCCACGGACCUGAGGGCCGGCGCAAGAUUCACAUCGGGGCCCCGCAGCGCAAACGGUCCGCCUCGCAGAGCAUGCCGUCGCCCCCGGAGAGUCUGUUCCGGGGUCUGUCCACGGGCGCCGAGCCUCUCUCUCUGCCGGCGCCGAACCCCGACGCGCCGUUCUGUCCCGCGCCCGCCUCUCCUCCGGGCGGAAAACGGAGCCGACACGAGUCGACCAGCUCGGCAGCGGCGCUGUCUGUCAGCGGGCCGCUGUCCCAGCUGUCCCAGCUGUCCCAGCAGUCCCAGCAAGGACAGGGACAGCAGCAGCAGCCGCCGACCAGCCAGGCGCGACAGGCGGGCGACGCUGGCGAGCAGGACGCUCCUCUGGACCUGGCCAGCUCGGCUCCCCUGCUCUGCGAGCCCUCCCUCUCCGUGUCCGCCGGUCGGGAGGAGGCCCGUCUGGGCGGCGACCCGUCCAAGGUGGCUGCUGCGGCAGCGCUCAGUGUCAGCGCCGAGCUGGAACAGUUCCACCACAGUAUGGCGCUGGCCAGCCUGCCGGCGCCGCCGCAGGCCGCUUACGAGGUGGCCCUGGCGGCGGCCGUGGCGGCGGCCACCUCCACAUCGUCCAUGUUCCAGCAGCACACCACGCACAGUCCAG